AUGGCUGAGAACUCAGCAAAAGAAAGAUAUUUGGACUUGAUCUGUGUGGACGGUGAGAAAUUUAAACUUAAAUCAAUUUUGGCUGAGUAUAUCACUAAUAUUAAAGAUGAACUAUUUGAGACGGGAAGUAUGAAGUUUAAUUAUAUUAACUCAACUCAGAUGAAGAAAGUAAUUGAGUAUCUUGAGUAUAAACAUCAAUAUUCAACAAAGCACGGAAGGCUACAAGAAUUCCAGAUUGAAGAGUCUCAAGCAAUAGACCUACUCAUUAUUGCAGAUAGACUCGGAAUUUGA